AUGGCUGUGUCUAGGGUUUUGAUUGGAGUUGGGUUGAUCUUUGCUCUUGUAUUCCCAAUCGUUUUGCCGAGUGCUAGAGCCCAAUCUAUGGCCCCUGCGAAUACUCCUGCUCCUGCUCCUGCCAGCGAUGGGACUAGUGUUGACCAGGGGAUUGCUUAUGUGCUGAUGCUCGUGGCACUUGUUCUUACAUACCUCAUUCACCCCAUGGAUGCAUCUUCUUACAACUUCUUUUAA